AUGAAGCGCUGCCGGUUGUUCGAGACCCCCGUAUGUCGUCGUGUGAGGGUGUCUCGCGUGUUUUGCGUGUGUCGUGUGUCGUGUGCUCAUGUGCCACAUCAGGCCAGGUGCCCCAAGCCACUAUAUCCUAGAAAGCUGGAUUUGUGUUGCAAUUCUCGAUGCACACCUGGUCAAAGAGCUCAGGUGUGGCUGCGGCAUAGGAAUCGCGUCUUGGCUUCCAUUCACCAGCCGGGCUGUACCCUCGUUGCACGACUUCACAUGCCUGGGCCUGAGGCCUGGCAAACGAGCGCCAGUGACUAG